AUGAUCCCGCCCGCCUCUCAUACAAACCACACCCAUACAUUCAUCAUCCUCCAUGGUCGAGGGAGCAACGCGGAGAAAUUUGGCCUGGAACUGCUCGAGUCUGCCCGUCUGUCUGUCCGACUGCCCACAGUCAAGUUCGUGUUCCCUACAGCAAGCAAACGGCGUUCGACGGCGCUUAAGAGAACCCAGAUCAACCAAUGGUUUGAUAACUCUUCCCUUGAGGACCCCAGGGAGCGGCCAGACCUUCAGAUAGAGGGGCUCUGUGAGACUGCCGAGUUUAUCAGAUUGUGCGUUGACACUGAAGCCGAUAUCCUUGGGGAAGGAGGUCAUCGGAGGGUCAUCCUCGGCGGCCUAAGUCAAGGAUGUGCGGCGGGGAUAUUCACUCUUCUUGGAGGCGGCUUUGGUUUGCCUCACGGCGAGACACUGGGUGGAUUUGUCGGUAUGAGUGGCUGGUUACCAUUUGAAGCUCAGUUGACAGAUAUCACGACCGCAAGACUAGAUGCAGAUUACGAAUUUGAUCCUUUUGCUAGCUCUACCGAUCCAGCGGAUGAGAGCCCGCCUGCCCUACAGGCAAUUAAUCAUAUCCGUGAUAUCCUCGAUCUUGAAACGCUUACACUUCCGUCAGGAGAUCCUAUGCCAACCGUGGAAUCCCCGCCAGCAAGCCAUCUUCUAUGCCCGGUUUUCUUGGGGCAUGGCACUGAUGACUCGAAGGUGCCGGUCAAGCUGGGCCAGAGAAUGGCGGAUUUCCUCUCUGACACGCUGCAUAUGGAUGUUACUUGGAGAAGUUAUGAAGGGUUUGGUCAUUGGUACAAGGUUCCUCAUGAGAUAGACGAUAUAGUUCACUUCUUGAAAGAAAAGGUCGGCAGCCUCAAGUCACGUGUUCUCUCGAUUAUUUCUCUCUUCUUCGACUUCUUCCAUCUUGACAAGAACAAUUUGGACAUGUUGACCAUAUCAAACCUCAGUGACUUUUAUCGUUAUACUGGUGGGAGAUGGCUAUGGGACGAGGAAGCUCAACUCCAGAAGCGCUAUAAACGCUUCAAUGUGCCUGAACUGAAGCGAAUUGCAGCUCAGAGCGUCGGUGCAAAGUCAUGCACAUCUAUAACGAAACAUGCCCAGGGGAGCUGGAAUAAGGUUUUCGAGCUUACUAUGGACAAUGGAGUUACAGUAAUUGCACGACUGCCUAUCCCAAUGGUUGGCCCUCCGUUCAGGACGACGGCGUCGGAAGUUGCGACCAUGGACUUCGCCCGGAGUGUUCUUGAUAUACCCGCUCCAAAAGUGAUAGCUUGGAGCGGGACGGCAGAUAACCCAGUGGAAUCGGAGUAUAUCAUACUUGGGAAAACUCCUGGAACAGAACUCCACCAGACCUGGGUUAAGAUGGAGCUUGAGGACAAGCUGAAAAUUGUGGAUGAAAUCAUCUCCAUUCAAAAGAAGUUUCUCUCAGCGUCCUUUACACGAUAUGGACAUCUCUACUUUGCAGAAGAUGCUUUCCCCGGAUGUGAAAAGGCCCAAAUCGUAGGCGACGUAUCAGAGUCACAGAAGCAGCUCACACAGGACCGAUAUGUGAUAGGGCCAGUAGCCUGCAACUAUUUUUGGGACGAAGAGCGGGCAUCUAUGAACAUCGACCGUGGCCCCUGGAGAUGUCCCCAAAACUAUCUCAAGGCGACUGCCAGACGAGAGAUUGAUUGGAUCACAAAAUAUGCAUCCCCAAGACCACCACCGAACCCGCUCGUGUUCUCGAAAUCUCAGCACUCUCCAGAUGCUCACAUUGACCUUUACAAAAAGUUCCUAGACGUUGCUGAUUUUAUCCUACCUACCAAGCAGGAACAUGUUCGAUCCACUCUGUGGUAUAGUGAUUUCCGAGUUUACACUAUCUUUGUCGAUGGGACUAGAAUUACCUGUCUUGUCGACUGGCAGAACAUCUGGGCAAGACCGCUAUUUAUGCAAGCGCAGAGUCCAAAGCUUUUUAGAAUCAAGGAUGAGGUCCUAGAACUCCCCAAAGAAUAUGAGGAGAUGACUGAUGAAGAUGAGAAAGCUGAACUUCGCAAUAACGUGGAGACGUCCAAGUUACAGCGUGCAUACCACGAGAAUACUAAAAUUGUCAACCCGGAUAUCCAUGAUGUCCUCCAUAACAUACCACGUGGCGACAAAAUCCGUCAAACUAUUGCGUUGUCCACCGAUACGUGGAACGAUGAUAUAAUUCCCUUCAGGAUGUGUCUUAUCUGGAUUGCGCGCUACUGGCAUGAGAUCUGCCCACAUGUCCCCUGUCCCAUUGAGUUUACAGAGGAAGAAUUAAAGAGUCAUCACGAAAAUGCAGAUGAUUGGAACGCCCAGGCAGACUUCUGGGAACUGCUAGACGGCACUAUAACACCUGACGGGUGGGUUUACAAAGAGAACUAUGAUACCGCAAUGGAUAUUUUCGCCCACCUCAAAACGGAAAUGUUGAAGGAUUCUUCUAUAACUGAAGAAAGGCGGGCAGAUAUCGAAAAGCAGCUGAGUUGGGUGGUGGUUAAAGAAGAGGCGCCACAGGAAAACCGAACAGAAGAAGCAAUAUCUUAA